AUAAGAAGUAGAUAACCUUCAAAAUACUAUUUCAUAAAGUAUUGGAAAAUGUGUAAUAGUAACAGUGCUACAAGUUAAUAUCUUUCCUACAAUCAUUGAAGACAGUAAGUGUACAGGCAUCUGCUGUCCAAUAUGCCUCAGGAAUCAAGAGGGAUUCGGAAGAGGAAAAAAGUAGAUAAGGAAACUUUGCAGAAAACUGAAGAAAUUGAAGUGACGCCUCGGAUUCUAAGAAAGAAAAUUGUAAAACAGAUGAAAGAAAGGAACAUAAAACUAUUGGUUAGUCAGCAGAAAAGGAAACUAGAUAUUGAUACGGAAGAAAACAAUUACUACUCAGAAGAUGAUGUGCCCCUGUCAAUGAGGUUACAGUACCAAGAGAGAAAAAAAAGAUGUUUGCUUCCAAGAAUGUCGCCGAGUUCUUUAGAAAAAUUGAAAUCCACUUUAGACUUCAAGGAAUCAAAUCCAAAUAUCUUGAAAUUAAAGGAAUGUGUUUCACACAUGCAUGGUAAUAACUAUAGGGAGUCACACUUGCUGUCCUUAUAUUUUUUAAGAAAGGCCAUAGUUAACAGCUUGUUUGAAAGAAGAUGGGAUAACCUAAAACAGCUGUUAAUAAUGCUGAUUGAAAAUUAUCCCAAACCUGUAUUUAACCCUUUCAUCAGACAGAUGUGCCAGAUUAUAAAAACUCUUGAUCCCACAGUGGCCGGAAGUGACUUUGAAGAACAGUUAAAUAUAGUCGAAGAACUUUACAAUAAAAAAACUAGCAACAUUGUAACUUAGUUUAGUCAGCAUAUUCACGCAAGG